GAUGUUUGGGUACCAUCGUGAUUUGUUCGCUAUGUGGUCAACAAGAAUAUUGAAGCUGGUAGGUAUUUUUAUUCUAUCUGCCUUGGGGCUGGAGUUAAUGGCUGUUUUGUUGCGGUACAAUAGGAAGAAGCGCACGAAACUGCAAGAAGUACUGUUUUUCCCGAGUCGGGUCACUUGUGUUUACCCAUCUCUGUACGUGGAGAGCGGGAAAUGUGGCUGUAAAAGGUCCCACGCGGACAGCUCCAUAAUGCGUCUCAUCCGGCACCUGUUGUCGACCCGCCAAAGUCUGGACCUGUGUUUGUUCUCCUUCACGGACACAGAGUUGAGCAGCACUGUUGUACUGUUGCACCAGAGGGGAGUGCGGGUGCGGGUCAUCGCAGACUCGAAUUAUAUGGCACUCAACGGCUCGAAGAUUGGUAUUUUAAGGAAAGCUGGUAUCCCAGUUCGACAUGACCAGAGUAGGGCCUACAUGCAUCACAAAUUUGCAGUAAUCGAUAAAACAGUCCUUCUCACAGGCUCCUUGAAUUGGACAUCUCAGGCUCUCCUAGAAAACAGAGAGAACCUGCUUAUUACAAAUGAUGAAGCUUUAGUGAAGCCUUUUCUUGAUCAGUUUGAAGAGUUAUGGGAAGAAUAUGACCCAACAAAGUAUAACUUUUGAAGACUUAAAUGAAUGAAACCAUUGCUACUCAUGUAUGUGGGAGAUAAUUUUCAGUUUACGUAACACACAUAUAAAUUUGGAAACUUUUGCAUCCUGUUUACAACUGGCUUUUAAAUAUAAUCAUCUUUCAAUAUUUUAUUACAGCCUGAUAAUUGGCCAUUGAUAGUUGAGUUUAAGUAAGGAUUUUUCCAUUUGAAAUAGUAUAUUUUUGUAGUUUAGAUUAAAGGAUGUGGUAAUUCACAAAGUAGACAAGACCAGUAUGUUUAAAAAGCUGGUUGGUUGUAUGUCAGAUAAAUUUACAAACAGCAGCUGCAGGUGUUCUACCACCACAUUUUUGUUCAUUAAGAUGAAUUUUAGUUCAUAAGUUCAACAUGAAUCUGCAGAAAUGUUGUUGACCAGUUUUGACAGUCAAUAUAAUUUAAAAAUAUUAA